AUGGUGCCAGAUGGAGAUCAAAGUAAAUGUGCAAUAGUAGGAAGGGAUUUAUUUCACACUCAAGUAGAAGAUUUCCCACGUCUUCCAUCUACAGCGGCCCAACCAAAGAAUUGGAAGGAGUUUCAGGAGGUUGAUGAUCCAGUUAUCUUGAACUAUCACCCAUAUAUGGCGUCUGGAUUACCUAUUACUCUCUGUGAACCUAUUUUUGCUGAUUUUCAGAUAGGUUUCAGGGAUUGUCAAGUUGACAAGUGUGAUGUAGACUUUGCUAUUGAACUUUCAUGCAAGAUGUCAUAUACAUUUCCAGAUGAAGAUGCAAGGAAAAUGGCCUUUUGCCUCCUUUUAAGUCAAUAUCUUAAAGAGACAUUCAUAAGUUAUGCCUUUGAAAAAGUUAGUAAAGCUGGAAAAGAAGUAAAGCCAGAGCUCGGAAUGGGCCAUGCAUGUGCUUAUAUCCAGUCAUCAGCAUACUAUAUUGAAUUUAUCAGAAAGUUUAAACAGGAAGCAUCUCCUGUUAUCAAAUCUCGUCUACCAGUAUUCCUUCUGUCCUUGGUUGGGGAUAGCUGGUGCUGUCUUUUGGAAAAAGCAAUAUGUGAGCCUUUAAUCCCAGUGGGAUCUCAAAUGGCGAGUUGUGUGCCAAGACUAGAAUAUAUUGAAAGGUUCUCUGACAAAAGACGCGUCUGGUUAGCUGAGAUGCAUGAUGAGCAGGGCAUCAAGCAGACAGUCAUUGUAAAGUUUGUAUGUAAGUACUCAGAAAAUGCCCACCGCAGGUGUGCAGAAUUGAAAAUUGCACCUGCUCUUGAAUCAGUUGUGGACAUUGGUUAUGGGUGGAAAAUAGUUAUCAUGGAAUUUCUUGAGGGAUUUGUUUUUCUUGAUAAACUUGCAGCUGGUGAGAUUGCUAUGACACAGCAGGCAGUUUUGACAGCAAUGAACACUCUUCACAAAAAUGGCUUGGUUCAUGGUGCAGUGAAUAUUCUCUGGAGAAGUGGAGAAGUAAGAUUUGUUGAUUUUGACUGGGCGGAUGGAGAAGCAAGGUACCCUGGAAACAUGAAUCCAGGGAUCAACUGGGCUAAUGGAGUUGGUCUUCAUAAACUUAUCAGAAUUGAACAUGACCAGCAUCUUGUUAAAUCUAUAUAUAAGAAUGUUGAGUGCACUCAGAAGAAACUUUCUGAAUGGCAUCCAGACUACUGA